GAAGACAUAUGUACAUCGCGAACUUUUAUGUGGCGGGGAGUUUAACAUAUAAAAGAACGUGUUAUAAGGCCGCCGCUUUGUAGGCAGAAAUCUCUUCACAUCAGUUGCUUUUUAGUGAAUCUUUCUCGUUUGUUACAAGUAAAUCGAAAGUUUAAUUCUACAUCAUGAAGUACUUCAUCUGUUUGUUGGUCGUUGUCGCUGCUGCCGUUGCUCAUCCCCAACGCGAAGGAGCCCAAUUUACAAAUGAGGCUAUUCAACAAGCACAGAACUCAUACUUAAUUCCACGGGACGCACAGAUCCAGGGUGUACAAGAAGGUAUCGAACUAGCCGCAUACGAAUCAAUUCCCGGAAAUCAGCGAAUUAAUUUGUUCGAAAUUUUGGGAGAUCAAGUCCCAUCGGAAGUAGUAAGCAAUUUACAGGGAAAAAUCGACGAAAUUGGUCAAAAUUAAGAAAAUUGCACACGAAUUUACUUGCCAUCGAACGGAUGGCAUGACAAACAAAAUAUUAAUGCAACAAAUAUCCUGCAUUCUUCCAAAACUGUGCCAAGUUUUUAUGUUGUUUUUUUCUUUUAGAAUUUUUCCUGUCGUUUCUUUUGUAAAUACUUUUUUAUUGACUAAAAUAAAUCCAAUAAUUUGUU